CUAGCUACAUGUAUGAAGUCCUUUUCACCGACCCGCCACCGUUUUGUUUUCUGGAGAGUUCAAACCAUCAUGGCGAUGCACGCUAAGGCGACUCCACCACAGAUCCCUGACACACGUCGGGAGCUAGCUGAACUCGUGAAGAGGAAACAAGAACUCGCCGAGACACUGGUGAAUUUGGAAAGACAGAUAUAUGCAUUUGAAGGCAGCUACCUAGAAGACACUCAGAUGUAUGGCAACAUCAUCAGAGGAUGGGACAGAUACCUCACCAACCAGAAGAACUCCAACAGUAAGACUGACAGAAGAAACAGGAAAUUCAAGGAAGCAGAGCGUUUGUUCAGCAAGUCAUCGGUCACAUCAGUUGCAGCAGUAUGUGCACUUGGUGGGAUACCUGACCACAUGAAUGAAAAGCGUGAGGCAGGCAGCGGCACGGAGAGCGACACCUCUCCAGACCUCCAAAACCAAGAGAACGAGCCCAGCCAGGAGGACACCGAGGACGCAGACGGGGCGCUGCAGGACCUGAAACCCCAGAAGGCCGCCUCCUCCUCCUCAGGCAGCCACCACGGGAGCCACAAGAAGAGGAAGAACAAAAACAGACACAGGUUUGACAUGAAGGUCAACAAGAAACCAAGAGCUGAUUAUUCAACUUAAUGAAGAGGACUGGAAGACCUUGACACACAGACGAUAUCCAUGGAGAAACAGUUUGACCAUUUCUGGACUUUGUGAACUUUGUACGUCUUUGUUGGUUGUCAUAUUUCUGCCUGUACUGUGUAUAUUGCCUGAAACAUUCCCCCACGUCACAUGCGUUUGGUGCAUUCAUCUUUAUGGUUUCGACCUACAGAUAAAAAGCUGAAUGGUUUUGCAUGUUACUCGAGGCCAAACCGGGGGCCACCUGUAGUAACAAACCAUCUUGUAUAGUGUUUAAAAAAAAAAAAAAAGACUCAAUAUUUAUUAUGUACUUCCCAUGUUUCCUGUUGUAUGUUGUUUAGGA